UCUGUCAUCGUAACCGUGUUCCCGGCGUGCUCCAUGAGCACCAGGCUGCUGCUCACCAGACUCUGUUUAGAAAUCAUAAAUAAACGCUCGUUGGUGUGAAAUAUGAGUAGAGAAGUUUCCUGAACGUCCAUUCGCCGCCGCGCACAUCGGCUAAACUCCAAGUCCUGGAUGUCGGCUGACUGUCCGGUUGUUGGAAGAAAUCUCCCCCCACACAGGGCGCAGGGAGCGGCCGCUGGACCUCCACACGACGCGCUGGUGUUGAACCUCCUGCUUCAAUCCUCAGAGACCGUCAUCACCCCGACAGGUCCUCCUGCUCUGGAAGAUGGGGAACAGACAGUCAGACCACCACUCCUUCCUCCCCUGCCUCCCCUCCUUCCAGGCUCUACACAUCGUCAUUCUGGGUCUGGACUGUGCUGGAAAGACCACCGUGCUGUACCGGCUGCGCUUCAAUGAGUUUGUAAACACCGUCCCAACUAAAGGCUUUAACUCGGAGAAGAUCAGAGUGUCGGUUGGAGGUCGGCGACGGGCAGCAUCCUUCCACUUCUGGGAUGUAGGUGGUCAGGAGAAGCUGCGACCUCUGUGGCGGUCCUACACGCGCUGCGCUGACGGCAUCGUGUUUGUGGUGGACUCGGUGGAUGGCGAGCGCAUCGAGGAGGCCAAGACGGAGCUGCACAAGAUCACACGGCUGGCGGAGAACCACGGGGUUCCAGUUCUGGUGGUCGCUAACAAACAGGACUUGAGGGACUCUUUGAGUCUGGCUCAUAUGGCGGCCAUGUUGGCUCUACAUGAGCUUAGUGCUGCCACGCCAUGGCAUCUUCAGCCGGCAUGUGCCAUCAUUGGUGAGGGGCUGCAGGAGGGUCUGGAGAGGCUGCAUGCCAUGAUCAUGAAGAGGAGAAAGAUACAGCGGCAGCAAAGGAAGAAGAGAUGAUGUGGAGCUGCAGAACCAGAGUCGUGUGAACUGGACCUGAGGCCAUUUUAGACCCUCUGAGAUCAGAGCAGGUUCCUGGAGGAGACUCAGUAAUCUGAAGUUCGGUUGGUUAGAUGGUGUUCGUCCAGGUGGAGGAUGGUGGGACUGACGGAGUUGCUGCAGAAUGAGCUGUGAUGUUUCUGACAGGGCAGGGCCAUGAAUCAAUCGUAUCGAUUAAUUUCAAUCUGCCUCUUGUGACCAUUUACCUUUUAUGAAAAUCAGGAUUUUUUUCCCUUUAACCUGCACCGCCCUCCUCGGGCUUCCGUAGUUACCAGUGGGCUCCGCCCUUCUUCACUUGUAUCCCACAGAGACACACACAAGUGUGCACUGCACACACAGAACAGAACCAAUGAAAACACAGCAGCUAACAGGAAGAGCUCAUCCACAAAAGUCUCUGUGCUAUCAGUUAGAACUGGUUCAGUUGGACCUAAUCUGGGCUACUUUUGGCACUCAUGGCUCAGUUACGGCACUGCAUAGUGAUGUGUGGGCCAGAAGUGGUCCAGAUAUGAGAAGCCGACCUCCUCAUAUCUGAGGAGUCAAUGCUGGAAGGCAAGGCUAAAUAUGGGCCAAACAGAUCUGCAAAUGUGGGCCAUAAUUGGGCCAAACAUUUUUUGUUAGCUGGGUUCUGUGGUCAACUGGGACAACACAGACAUUCGCUCGGUCGUCUGUGUUGUUUAUUUUGGGAAACUGUAGGUUAUAAUGGAGCCUGAAGACUGAACCAUCAAUUUUCAGGACUAAAUCUCUAAGAUGUUUGUUUAUUUUAAGUUCUCCCAUUUUAGUUCUGGUUAAAGUGGUGUGAAAACAGUUUGGCUCACCAAAAAGAACCAAGGUUCUAAGACUCCAGAACCGGAACGGCGUCUGCCUGAAAGCCCUAACAGAUAAGCUGUCAAGUGAGCCGGCAUUAUGUAUGCAUGAGUAUGAUCAGCAUCUCCUGCUGUAUGAGAUGCUGAAGACAGCAGCACCACAAAGUCCUGUUUAGAGACGGCCUACACCGUCCUGUAUGAAAGAUCAGUGGAGCGCCGACUAGUUUCCAUCUGUACUUCUCAGUGUGGUAGAAGUUCAGCUCAGCUCCAGUCUGCUGCUGCUUCAGCUUCCCGUUUCAUCUUCACCCACAAUUCCUCUGAGUUCGAUAAGUUCCCAAAAUCCUUCCCUCUGUGUGGUGAGACGGACACACAUGGAGUAUAAACUAAAAACCAGUCUGGAGUUGGGAAAGGUGGAUUGUCACAGUAAAAAUGUGCAGUCGUUCAUGAAGAAAUCUUUUUAUUUUUAUUUCUUUUUAGUGACAUUAAUGAAUGAAGCCUGCACACCUCAGUGUCUGGAAGCAGGAGAUGUUCGGUGCUCUGAAAACAAGGACCCAUUCUGGAAAGUUGUGAUCCAGGACUCUGAGCAGGACAGAAACCGUCAGGACAGAAGUUUCUGAUGGGAAUCAGAUUCCUCUGCAGGCUCUUCUUGGAUGUGUGUUUCCUGUUAGCAGAAACACGGGGUUUCAGCGCCACCUGCUGGUGACUCCGAGCAGCAGCUGGAGGAGAAGUGUUGAAGGUCCAAGAUUCUGUUUUCUGUUGGAGCUCAUUACAUGUUCAGACUUUGUCUCUCAUGUUUUGAAACAAGGGAAAAUCCUGGAGACGAAGUUGGUGUCACUGAGCAUGUGCAGAUCAGUGUUUUCCGUAUGUCAUGUUUCAUUUGUGUUUUAGUUCAACUCUUCUGACUUAUUUUCUUUGCAUUGAGUCUCAUCCUGUGAACUUGGUUGGAUUUUUAUUUGUAAACAUAAUUAAUAAAUUACUAUAAACA